AACCGGGACUUACUCUGCGCUUCCAUUUGCCACAUUAUUUAUCAGACCAUUAUCCGUUUUCUAAGUAACUAACCCUAAGACAGUGCACGUCGGAAAAGUGGCAUUGUCCGCUGCCCCGCGUAAUAACUUUCAAGGACCGUAAUGGAUUCGUGCAUAUAAUUAGUCGUAACGAGGCAAGAGUCGGAGAUCAAAAUGUCCCCCUGUACUAGGCACCUGGGUCUAUUCUAAUGCUUGCUCCUUGACCCUCCGCAUUCCGUGUAAUUACUUAACACGGUCGAUAAAAUCUAAUUAUAAACCGCACAUUUCCGAAUUGCAUCCCGAAGAGUUAGUAGUACUUAGACAAGGGUCGCCGGAGUUGAAACCCUGGAGGGUGGCACAUUUUCGGACCUGCGAGAGACCCGGAAGAAGAAGAACGCGUCAUACUUAGAACCCCAAUCAAGCCUACGAAAACAAUCAUCUCCCAGGUAAUUAAGCACCUGAUCAGAGACGUCGAUGCCGAAAUGACAAUUGAAGCGAGGCCCGCGCUCGGACCGAAAACCGGAUAAAUUAUUUCUGAAGUAAGGAACCGCAAGACAUUAAUGACCCGCAAUUUCGCAGGAGUUUUCGGGUGUUGUGACAAAUUAAAGUCAUCGAUGACCGAUUCGCCGGGCCUCGUUCGAGGACUCCAUCCGAGUUGAUCUCCGAGAGGAGGAGAUGCGCCGACGAGGUUGACAACGACGAAAAGCAGGUCCCUUUUCCGGCAAGUGUCGAAAACCCCAAGGAUAAUGCCAAGCGAUCAUGAACGUCACCGGAGGUAACAAACGUCCUCUGAUAGUCCUGCGCAAACUCUACAAGGACGAUCGGCCGAGGGAGGAACUUUUAGGCAGCGGAGACAGCAGUGAGUCGGACAUCGCGAUCGAGCAACGAUCGACCAAGCCCGUCAUUCCCGAGUAUAGAAACCAGGUCGUGUCCGAAACCCCCUCGGACGUGGUUCGAGAGGCCGAGAAAAGUCAAGGCGAUCCUGGAAAAAAUGAUCCCCCCAUCGCGGACCCAGCGACGACAAUCUGCGCCGGCGAGGAUAAAGGUGUUCCACAGGUGGAGGCGGAUUCGAAUUUCGGCGGGCCAAGGAGGAAGAAGCGAAGUCGGUUGUUUCUUGACAGACUUUUAACAAUCUGUACGAUCAACUGUAAGUACGAGGUGGUUAGAAGAGUGGCCGCGCGUUACGGCAUGAGGGAGGUCACCGAAGACAGUAGCUGGAACCUCUAUUGGACCGACCUGAGCAUCAGCGUCGAGAGGGCGAAGGAGAUGAAGAGGUUCCAGAAGAUCAACCACUUCCCCGGGAUGACCGAAAUAUGCAGGAAGGACUUGCUCGCGAGGAACUUGAAUCGUAUGCUCAAGAUGUUCCCAAAGGAUUACAAUUUCUUCCCGAAAACCUGGUGUCUUCCCGCGGACCAUGGAGACGCGAUUGCUUAUGCAAAAUUGAAACGCUCGAAAACGUUCAUCAUUAAACCAGACACGGGCUGCCAAGGUCGAGGGAUAUACUUGACAAAGCAUUUGAAAGAUGUCAAACCCUACGACCGCAUGAUCUGUCAAGUUUACGUCUCCAGACCUUACUUAAUCGACGGCUUCAAGUUCGAUCUUCGGGUAUAUACCCUGAUAACGUCAUGCGACCCCCUAAGGAUCUUCGUGUACAACGAUGGCCUCGCAAGAUUCGCGACCAGUAGAUACAAGGAACCCACGGGGCACAAUACAUCGAACGUGUUCAUGCACUUGACCAAUUACGCCGUGAACAAGCACAGUCGAAUGUACGUGGUGGACGACGAAGCGGGGAGCAAACGGAAAAUAUCCACCCUGAACAAGUGGCUGAAAAUGAAGGACGUGAACGUGGAGGCCCUAUGGACGAGGAUCGACGAGAUCAUCAUAAAGACGAUCCUGGCGGCUUAUCCGAUCCUGAAGCACAGUUAUCACACAUGUUUUGCGACACACGACAUGACAUACGCAUGUUUCGAGCUCCUGGGGUUCGACAUUCUCCUCGACUGGAAGUUAAAGCCGUACCUUUUGGAGGUUAACCACUCGCCGAGUUUUCACACGGACGCGCAGAUAGACAAGGACGUGAAGGAAGCUCUCCUGAUGGAUACCUUCGAGAUAUUGAACUUGCAACAGUGCGACAAGAAGAAGAUUAUAGAGGAGGACAGAAAACGGGUCAGAGAGAGACUGCUGCAGGGAAUCGCUCCGAAGGACCCCGGCUCCAAUGAAAGCAACGGCGAGAGGCCGGAGUCGGACCCGAUACAGAUGCAGCACAAGUGGGAGGACGAGCACAUGGGUAACUUCAGGAAAGUCUACCCGGGACCGAACAGUUACAAGUUCAAUGUCUUCUUCAAGCAGAACUGCACCUCCAUGUUCCAAGAGACGGCCGCGUCGAGGGCUCGGGAAGAAGCGGCGAAAAUCCAGCGAGAAGGGGCCGAGUCGAAGCAGCGGGAGCAGGAGGCCAAGAAGAUCCUGGGGAAGUGGAGCGAUCAGAGGGCGCGUCCUGAGAGUCCUGGUCCCGCGAAGAAGCAGAACUCCGCCGUUUCCAGCCACUCGGGGAACAAGGUUGCGACAGCCCCGAGGAGGAGCUUGCAGUCGGCUCCUGUUGCCUUCACCCCCGUGGUCCCGAAGUCCUCGAAGAUGAAAAUGGACCCGGUGAGCGUGGACAACCUUCCUCGCUCUUUCUCCCCCGAGAUGAUAUGCGAGGCCGAAGAGAGGGAACGCAUUGCCGCGCUGGCCCAGAGAGACCUGCUGGUCAGAAGUUACGGCCUUCUCGAGCAGGUCUACCUGGCCAUGAAGAGGAACGGCACCCUAAGGUCCGCCGACGAGAAGAAGUACGGACUCUACGGUAAAGUCGGCUACGUCGACGAGCUUUCACGAGCGGUGAUCGGUGCGAAUCGAAACCUGGCCGCUCUCUCUGAGAACCAGCGGACUCUUCGGCAAGGUUUUCGGCAAGGUCUUCAGCAAGGUCUUCAGCAAGGUCUUCGGCAAUCCGCGGCCACCCACGUCACGGCCAAGUACGACUCCCUGGUAAAUGGUCACUCCACCCUGAAGACGAACACUCUCCAGCUGAACGAGGUCCUAGGAAAACCGUUUUAGUCCCGGUAUCCAGAUCUGGUGGAACGUCGAUGAUCCCUUUACCUCACUUUGCCUCUCUUCAUGGAUUCGCGACCCUCUGCGAGUUUCUCGGACUGGUGCGAAACGUGAGUCCUACGGGUGUCCCCGGUCUUCGAUCGAUGCGCGAUUUUUUGGAGAUGGAAGAAAACCUCAGACCGCAUCGGUCGAAGCUUGGACCCGAGUGGUUACUUGCAGAGAUAUGUCGAAUUAAUCAAGAUAUCUAAACUAAGGGUCUAAUUGCUUUCGAGGUUUUAGGUUUGGCUCGCAGGUGUUUGCAGGCUGGUCCAGAUAGGGCCGAAAAUUCGCGGCAAAUUUUGGAUCGAUGGCAGAACGUGAACGACCAAGACGGUAUUCGGGAGGAAUUGCCUGAUUUUGAAAAUUAGUCAAGAGAGCUGAUCAAGCUUCGCCCUGUUUCGAACCUGAUACGCCGCCUAGGACAUUAAUUAAAGUAGGUGGUAGCUGAGGAAAAGUCGAUCGACUUCAACGGAUGAAGAGUAAGAAUCGGUGGAGGAUAAAAGGCACUUCAACGUCGGCUUAGAAUGGAAAAAAUAUCUAUUAUAUUACACCCGCAAAUAAACCGUGCACUCGAUCGGUCGUUGCACCGUCGCCUCGGCGGUAUAUAUCCAAAUAAGAUUUAUACAUAUUUAACAGAAGCGAUCGUUCCUUUUAUAUAGAUGCCUUUGUGUACAAUAGAUGCUUAAAAUAUACAUAAACGUAAGGUCCUCCUCCUCGACUCGAGCGUCGAGUAUCGUUCGCGUGCCGACCAAUACUUGCAUCGUUGUACGGUAUGAAAAACGCUAAGAAAACGGAGAUACGGCUAAGAGAGAGAGACGGUAGUAGAAAAAGUUACACCAAGAAGCAAACGAACGAGCUUUCUCCGACCUGCCGCACCGUGUAAAAAAUCUCUCCUGGUUAUUCCACUGCGCGCGGUUCCCUACGUAUCGCGCUCGGAAUAUUCUCCCAGAGAAUCUGGAGAAUUAUCUCGAAUAAAAGCGUCGCCAUUGUCCACGUGAAUACCAACUAUGCUUUCCUCUACGAAUUGCGAGAGCCUCGUCGAACGACACGUAACACAGGAGCGCGUCCGAAUUUUUGCCUGUCCACCUUUAUGUACAUAAAGUAAAUGCAUACAUGACGAUCUAUAAUGGUAUAACAACGUUUUAUUGCUGAUAUAUAUUUAUAUAUAUAUAGACUUUUGUAUUCACAUGAUAAAAAAUAAACUAUUAACAAUUUGUCGUGAGUCGAGCUUUAUAGGUCUCGCUGUAAUCGCAGAGAUUAGGGCGUGUAACAGUGCUUUACAUGCGUAAAAUGCCUCGAUGCAAGUACUCGUCGCGAGCGUCGCGUUCCGGCCGGUGCAUUAUUUAUGUUUUUGUUUCUUUUUAAUUAUUUCUUCCCCUCUUAGAAUUCUGUACAAGAUCCAGGAUUAAUCCGACAGGUCACCCCUUUGAUCCAGGCCGCCGGCGAACGGGAUUGAAAAGGUGCACGCCGUUGGAAGUUGCGAUUAAAAAUGAUGUACCUCGAGGACCCGAUUAUCCUGCAUCGCAAAAUCGACCCACCAAUUCCGGCUACGUGUCGCGACCUCGUGUCGUUAAUGAAAAUAUAAGAGGCGUAAAUGUAUGCAUGCGAAAUUUACAAAUGUGAAUUUCAAAAGGUUACACGUUUCCUUCCGUCUAGAUGAAAAUCAUUACCUAAGGGAGACGUACCGCGAUGGCUAAUAUGACUCGGUACCGUGUUUUAGGAUUUCGGGGCUGCGCAUCCUCGAUAUCGUCGCCAGGAUUACAAAUUGCAUUGCUAUGAGGAGUAUGAUUAUCGCCGUGUAAACCUAUCCGAAAUGUAAUCAACGAGUGGACGCGCGAUGGACCUCCGUGCUAUUUACAAGUCCCCUCGAGAUGAAGCUUUGGUAUUUUUCUCAUUAUUUUCCUUCCUCGUAUUCCUUACGCCAGAAUUAUGCGUUUUAUUCCAGCCCAGCCCCCGAAUCCGUGUAAUCCAAUGUUCGUUAUUUAAUAUGUACACGAAGGUAUGGUUAUGAAUGUUACGAUAGCUGGCUCCUCCUCCAUCAAAGUCCUUACGAGAUACGGGGAACUUAACUAUAAUAAUGUAAAUGUCCUUCCCAGAAUAUUCUUAUUCAGGUCUUUAAAAUCCAAGGUACAGGUUUUGCUUCAUAUCUCCUCGCGGAUUACUUAUCAAAGUGCGAAUCUAUUAAACGUACGGGGAUCAAAAUGUCUUCUUGUACACAACAUCCAUUACGCAGGUA